AUGAGUGAUAAAUAUUUAGAUGAUAUGGUAUUAGAGUCUGAGGAUGUUUUAAAUAAGCCCGAGGAUGUUGAUUUGGAUGAGCAUGGGGAUAUUGAUUUGAAUGAGUGUGGGGAUAUUGAUUUGGAUGAGUAUGGGGAUGUUGAGUCUGAGAAUGUUGAUUUGGAUGAGCCUGAAUAUUUUGAUUUGGAUAGGUUAGAAUCUAACGAUACAGAUAGUAAUAAUAAUAAUGAAGAUUCAAUUCAGUCAUCUGUAUUAUUACAAACUAGUGUAGUUAAAAGACAAAAAAAAAUUGAAAAGCUGAGUGGUAGUCCUGUUAAAGUAUUUUAUAAGACAAGAUUAAUUGAUAAUUUAGAGUUUUGA